AAAUUUGUGCGAUAUAUAUGGCUCUACGGUGAAAGGGUGUGUUAUUGGAGAAGGUGAUAAGAGAAGAGAAUGGUGGGCUUCGUCUCUACCUUUCUUGGCGAUUGCCGCUUCAUUAACCAUCCUCACUCACUUCGUCGACUCUUCCAUUACAAACCAGGAAAUAAACAUGUAUCGAUGCAAUGCUCAAGAACAUUUUCUGGGUUAACGGAUUUGUUAUUCAAUAGAAGAAAUGUAGAUGAACUUCCAAACACCAAUCGCAAACGUUUAAGACCAGGCCAAAUUUCUCCUCCUCGACCAGUUCCAGAACAAAUACAACGGCCUCCAUAUGUGAAGUCUAGGAAGCCACCUGGUAUUGGUAGUGGCUCCGAAGUGCAUGACAAAAAGGGAAUAGAAAAGAUGAGAGCUUCAGGAAGGCUUGCUGCACAGGUUCUUCAGUAUGCUGGGACAUUAGUCAAGCCAGGCAUCAUGACAGAUGAAAUUGACCAAGCCGUUCACCAAAUGAUCAUUGACAAUGGAGCAUAUCCAUCACCUCUUGGUUAUGGUGGAUUUCCAAAGAGUGUAUGCACAUCAAUAAACGAGUGCAUUUGCCACGGAAUCCCCGAUUCACGUCCACUUGAGGAUGGGGAUAUUAUCAAUAUUGAUGUCACCGUUUAUCUUAAUGGUUACCAUGGUGACACAUCAGCAAUGUUCUUUGCAGGAACUGUUGAUGAGGAAGCCAAAAACUUGGUGCAAGUGACUAAAGAGUGCUUGGACAAGGCAAUAUCAAUAUGUGCACCAGGAGUGGAAUUCAAUAAAAUUGGCAAGACGAUACAUGAUCUUGCAGAUAAACAUCGCUAUGGGGUUGUGCAACAAUUCGUUGGCCAUGGAGUGGGACGUGCUUUCCACAGUGAUCCAGUCAUUCUGCAUUACAGGAACAAUGAUCGCGGACGGAUGAUGCUCAAUCAGACAUUCACUAUUGAGCCUAUGCUGACAAUUGGCAGCAUAGAUGGAGUAAUAUGGGAUGAUGAUUGGACAGUUGUUACAGAUGAUGGUAGCCUAUCAGCACAGUUUGAGCACACCAUUUUGAUAACUGCAGAUGGUGCUGAGAUUCUAACACAGUGCUAGCGAUGGUCCUGCAACAGCAUCGACAAUUCAAUAUUGAAAAUGGGACAAGAGAAGAAAAGAAGACUUGUACAAGCAUUUUUAAACUUGAAACCCCUACUUAUGUAGACAAUGGCACACGAGACUUGGGGGUGUUGAAUAGUUACAGACUUGCAGGUAAAUGAUUUGCGUGGGACUGGGUAAUCAUGAAACCUUGGCCGAUGUAAUAUAAUUUAUGAAUUCAGUUAUCACAGGGAGCACACGUUGCAUAUCUAUGAAAAAAGAUUUUAUGCUUGUUUCUUUUUCUUGUUUGAGACAAGUCGUGAAUCUAGAAUAUUGUGGGAACAGCCAGAAGAAGAUAGAAAGACCGGUUACUGGUUCAGAUGGAUUAUACGAGGUUGCUACUCUCCUUCCCGACUGCCAUUUCCUUUUUAAAGUCGCUCAUUCUUCAGCUCCAUGUUGUGAUGGACAUGUUCUAUUUUAACUUUAGUUACUCAAAAACCUAAAUGAUGGAUGUUUUUCCUGUAUUCUCAAACCAAUAUACCUAUUUGAGAUGUCUCCAUGUGUUGGCGUGAUUUGGCCAAAUUCUGAA